GAAAGACUCCCACUUCAUAUAGCUGCAUCCUAUGUGGUUCUAGCAACAGAUGAGCUGAGGAAAUUAACAUGGAGGACAGGCCUCCUGUGUAGUUUUUGUAUCGGAGCCACUGACCCUCAUUUUUAUGUGAGGACUACGGGAAGAUUUCCACGUAGCCUGUUCCUGCCACAUAAUUUUAAAUUCUGAAAAUCUAUCCCCACAAGCAUUUCUGAAGCUGCAUCAGUUUAUGAGUCCUGUUGCUAUUAGGAGUCACUGGGACGGAACUUGAACUCUUCCAACUGUCAGCCUGUGGAACCCAAGAUAAAAGCAAACAGUUGGCUGGCUCUCUUGGAAGUGGCAAAGAUGGCUCAGCAAAACUGACACAGCCUCGGCAAAGAAGAUGGCGCUGUUGCAGCUUUAUCUUGUGCUUGCAGCUGUUCUACAACUUUCAUCAGGACUUAGCUACAAUUUAAAUGUGGUGGCCAAUUCAAGUUUUUCUUGCUACACAGGAGAUGAGCGGAAUAUGUCAUCUAAGGCAAUUAAACUGUUUCUUUCAGAUAAAAGCUUGAUUGUCCGCUGUUAUCUGUAUAAUAUCAAUAAGCCCGACACCCUGGAGAACAGACGGAAGAAUCUAGUUCUUUUUACUUCAGCUGGUCUUGCUCCCAGCAUCCAGAUCUUCAACAGUACCUACUCCAAAGUCUUCUACUUCAAAAUGACUCUGGGAGAAGGUGUGGAUUCAUGGAGUAUUAAAAUCAACCGAGAAGAGUUAACAUAUAAUACAGAUGUUAAUCCAAUUGAGGAAUGGUUUGUAAAAUUUAAUAUGCAUCAUGGUUUAAAUAUGUUCACUACUACGGGAACCUUGUUGGAUAUCGUACGAGAUCCUCUUCUUCAGUGGUUUUGGACCCUUGGUGAAAACGUGGAAGUUAAUGAUACAUUGUCUAAAGUAGCCAAUAUCAAAAUAGCAAAAACUCCUUGUGCAAGUGAUGUAGCAAUAAUUGGUCUGAUUUAUACAACAAGAAAAAUAGGACUAAUUGUAGGAUUGACUGACAGCGGAUUUAUGGAUGGGGAUACGGUAUGGUUUAACUUGUCUGCUACCAUUUGUGCCAUCUUGGACAAUGACUGUUACGGACUUGCGCUUGUGGAUCUCACCGUAACAAAUACUCGUCUUGUACUCCUCACCUCACUAGGAUUAUUUAUCAGUGAUGAUCUGCGCAUUAAAACUGGAAAGCUGUUGCAGUUCAGCAAACCAACCUUAUGUGGCUUUGAAAUGGAUGAUUAUCUUAAAGCUGAAAUAUGGUACAGCCUCCAGUGUCUAGCUAACAAAGAAUUAUACGAAACGGACUAUGUUAGUCUGUCAUUCAACAAAGAUAAGUCAUUGAGCCAGGAAUCUACUUGCUUCUAUAGCAAUGAUACAUUUCAAAAAUGGCACAGCUGCUUGCCUCACAAAAUGAAAGGUGAAAGGCACUUUUCCAGACGGGUGGUUUCUUUUCUCGUUGAUUAUGAACAGAACACUGGCAUCGCUUUGUUAUCUCAACAGAAUCGGGCAUUGGUAUCAGUGCAUAAGUUAACAGACGGCAGCAUGAAUAAAAAAAGAAAAUUCCCAGCCUUCUGGUUUCCAGAUCCGCGAUUUAUACCAAAAGGAUUGUAUUUUCACACAAACAGCCAUUUUCUGUAUGCAUAUGGCAAUCAGGUGUGGAUUUCUUAUGAUGGAGGUGCCACUUUUAUACCAUUUUUCAUCUUAAAUUCUGAGGCGAUUAUAGAGGUAGAUUCAUGUGUUUACACCCAAGCAAUUAUAUUUGUGAGUGACUCGGCAAACCUUUACUACACUAAGGCAGGUUCACCGAGAUAUGCCAAGCUUAUCCCUCCAGCAAAGGGUAUCUUCAACAUGUACUUUGACCACCUGGGAAUAUUAAAUCAUAUUUCUCUGAAUGAUUCAAUUGCCACAUUUGUAAAAGAGACGAGUGUGGAUGUGGACACUUUAUUGAAGGAUAUUGACUUAGGUUUUGAAUUUCCUUUGGCUGUACAGUAUAUCACUGAAGAGCAAAUGUUACUUUUAAACCACGAGCCACGGAUGGUAACAAAACAUGAGAGAUUCAGUAGUCUGCAAAGAGGCAAAAGAUUAGAUUAUGGGCCAGGAGGAUCGUGUAUAAUCAGAGAGGUUUUUAGGACGCCAGCUCCUCCGGGCUUUAUAUCAUCUGUACUGGUAGAUGUUCUAGAUCGGUUUCCUGUUGAAUCUAAAACUGCUAGCCCUUGUACAGCAAAUACUUUAAGAGUUUUGCCCCCUACAGGGAGCAGUAUAUCAUACAGGCUUCAGCUGACUUCUCCAGGUGUGAAUAUGUUCAAACCAACCGAUCUUGAGAAAACAGUGGUGAUUCCAGGCAGUAGCAGUUUCUUCAUUAUUCAAGUUGUGGAUGACCAAAAUGCUUUAGGAGAUGCUACCAUGCCUAAUAGGGUGCCUUUAAAUACAGACAUUCCACCUGGGAGGUGGUUCUUGUAUGACUUUGGCACUGCAAAUACCAGAAAAUGGAAAAUUGUUGUUGACAUAUGUAGAUAUACAAUACAACAAUUUGAUGACCUACCACGCCAUGCCAUUAAAUACUUGGAUAUUGGGUCAAAGCUGGAAUUUAAAUUCAGAGUGACUCCAGUUAAUGUAGCGUAUAAUGUGUUUCAUAAUAGGCUAAUGUACAUUGCAAUUGGAAGGCCUUCUCUACUGGAUGUGAGCACAAACAUUUAUUUUGACGACAACAAUAGCAAUUUAAUCGAUAUCACUGUUCAUAGUAAAUUUUUUGAAAAGGGUAAAAGCACCAUAGCUGUGAUUAUCGCAUUGGGAUCUCUCCGAUGUGAAGUGAUAACUCUUGUCUUAACGCUGAAGAAUUCCUGCUCCUAUCUUAAAUCAAUGCACUAUGUUCUAUCUGCUAAAACCUCUCCUUCGGACUGGCUAGUUGAGGAUGUCAGCGCUGAACCAAAUGGCUCAGCGAUUGCCAGACUUUUAAAGCAGCUACCGGUGAACUACAGGCCACCAUCUGUUUUGGGAAUUGCUGUUCCACUCACAGAAAACUUCUAUAAUGCUGACCCCAGCAAACCUAAACUGAGGGAUUAUUUUACAAAUUCAAAAAAUUCUGGACGGUACAAGCAAUGUGCUGGCAAGUCAAACCGCUCCGAAUGUGGAUGUACAGAAAAUAUGAAGCUGUCCUUUUCUGUUGCCUUUUCUGAUUGCAAGGAGAAGGCCCUGCGAAUGAAAUUCCCAGUAUCAAGGCUUCCUCUCUAUUUCACCAUUGAGGAUGAGGGUCGUUAUGUAAAUCUGACAUCUCCUUAUUUUAUCACAAUCAUAGAAGUCAACAACAGAACCAACUGGAAAGUUUCAGGUACCAAUCAAACAUCAAGUAUGUUAAAAAUGAAAAAAUAUUUGGAGCACAGACUCAAAACUGAACUAUAUAAUCCAGAUGGCCUAUCUAUAACGAUAACUGGAUCUGAGCUUUUCCAUUUCAGGGUAUCAACUAUUCCUGGAGUCUCCUUUUGUAACUUAUUUGACGAAUUUCAGAUUUAUAUUGACGAUUCUCCACUGGCAUUCCCAGGAAACUAUCUUAUCAGUUCAAUGACGUCUAUAUUAAUUGGAGGCAUUAUUUUUGUGGCAUUUAUUCUGUAUGCAUUUGAAAUUGAGAUAAGGAACUUCUUAAAAAGGAAACUAAGAAGAAAUAAAGUGGCAUCAAAACCCCCACCCAAGAGAGAUUCAGUAAAUUCUGGUGAUUCUGAAAAAAAUUGA